AUGGAGGAGCACAACCUCACAGUGGUGACUGAAUUCAUCCUGCUGGGCAUCACAGAUCGUCCUGAGCUGCAGGCCCCACUCUUUGUGCUGUUCCUUGCCAUCUACCUGACCUCGCUGGUGGCCAACCUGGGCAUGAUCGUCCUCACCCAGCUGGACCCCCGGCUGCAAACGCCCAUGUACUUUUUCCUCAGGCACCUGGCUCUCGUUGAUCUUGGUUACUCUACAGCUGUAGGACCCAAAAUGUUGGCAAAUUUUGUUAUGACACAAAAUACCAUCUCUUAUUAUUGCUGUGCAACCCAGCUUGCUUUAUUUCUUCUGUUCAUUGGUAGUGAGCUCUUUAUUCUGUCUGCCAUGUCUUAUGACCGCUACGUGGCCAUCUGCAACCCUCUUCUCUACAAUGUCAUGAUGUCACAAAAGAUCUGUUGGAUGAUGGUGACAAUCACCUAUCUGUACUGCACAUUCAUGUCACUUGUAGUCACCAUAAAGAUUUUUAGUUUAUCCUUCUGUGGACACAAUGUCAUCAGUCAUUUCUACUGCGACUGCAUGCCCUUGCUGGUCUUACUGUGCUCCAAUACACAUGAAGUUGAACUGGUAAUUACUGCCUUUGCAGCUUUUGAUUUGAUUUCCUCUCUUCUGGUGGUCCUCGUGUCCUACCUGCUCAUCCUCACAGCCAUUCUCAGGAUGAACUCCGCAGAGGGCAGGCGCAAGGCUUUCUCCACCUGUGGGUCCCACCUGACUGUGGUCACCGUGUUCUAUGGGACUUUGAUAUUUAUGUAUGUGCAGCCUAAGGCCGGUCACUCCAGUGACACUGAUAAAAUGUCAUCCAUAUUUUAUACCUUGAUCAUUCCAAUGUUGAAUCCGUUGAUCUACAGCCUGCGGAACAAAGAUGUGAAAUGUGCUCUUCAGAGGACCUUGAGAAAAAUAAGCACUCUCUCCUCCUAA